AAUUGAGACUGGUAUGCAUUCUUGGACUGUUGCCAGUGAUUACAAAUUGAAUUAUAUUUUGAUUAAUUGAAUUAUUUGCUCAUUUCUCAUUGGCUUUCAAUUGUUGGCAUUUCAGCGUGCUCCGUUUGUUUACAGCUCAUGUUUGUCUGCUGGUCGUUUUGUGUACUGUGUGAGGCAAUCUAAGGAAUUAUCAGUCCCGCCCGCUUAUCACAGGCCAAAAUACAAUUACACACAAACGCUCUUCUCGUUUCGGGAAAGGCAAAUGUGUGAUUUGUUAAACAUGGACUUCCUGAUGUGAUCAGCGGAGACCUAGAAGUCAACGAACAGACAGGAAUUUCACGGUAACUUCUAGGGAAAGAGAUGGCAGAUUGUUUAAAUGAGAGCAGUGCCCAGAUGCCAGAUUAUCAACUGUUCCCUCACAGAGGCUUAAACUUGAUAUCUGGAAUCCAUUGCCCAGAGGAAGUGGAUCGAAUUCAGAAUUGGGAAAUUCGUGACUCUGACGUCUUUGUCAUUACGUACCCCAAAUCAGGCACUAUUUGGUUACAGCAAAUCCUCAGUAUGAUAGAGGCCAAUGGAGAUGUUACAGCAACAAAUGAUCAGUUGACUUCUCAACGCAUUCCAUGGAUUGAACUGAUGAGCAAUGAGAAAGAAUUUGUUUCUGCUCCUUCCCCAAGGAUCCGCGUGACUCACCUACAGUAUCAAUUCAUGCCACUUGGACUCAAGAAAAAGAAGGGAAAGGUUAUCUAUGUGGCCAGAAAUCCGAAGGAUGUUUUGGUGUCUUACUAUCAUUUUCACAAAUAUGCAACUAUGCUGGAAACCCCAAAAUCUUUUGAUGACUUUUUCGAGAAAUUCCUGAAGGGAAAUGUUUAUGGCAAUGGCUGGUUUGAGCACAUCAAGACGUGGUACUCCCACAGAGAAGACAUGAACUUUUUGUACAUUACAUAUGAGGAAAUGAUCAAGGAUUUGUGGUCAGUGGUUAAGAAGAUCAGUUUGUUCCUGGGAAAGAACCUGACACCACAACAAAUAAACAUGGUUGUAGAGCACAGCACCUUCCAAAAUAUGAAAGAAAAUCCUCAAGCCAACUAUCAGCUGAUCUCUAGCAACCUACUAAAUCACCAACAGGGGACAUUUCUGAGAAAAGGAACCAUUGGUGACUGGAAGAACUACUUUACUGUGGCACAGAAUGAGAGAUUUGACAGUGUGUACCAGCGGGAGAUGAAAGAAGUUCCCCUUUCUUUCAUCUGGGACAAUAGUUGAACUCAUUACAUCCUGAUUUGCUUUAUUCAGUCUCACUCCCUUGCAGUGGAGUUGUCAAUCACAAACUUUUGAGAUCUCCAAAACAAAUAUUUGGCUUGCGGAUUCAAUUCACAAAGGGCAUACCUAGUGAAUACUACAAUGUGAAUAAUAUAUCUUUAUUACAGUGAGUAUAUAUAUAUAUAUAAA